AUCGUUUUCGCGUUCGCGCACCUUCGACAACCUACCCUCUCUUCUUCCUCUUCCUGUCCUGCUUCCUCUCGCAACGCCACAGCCAUUGACACCUCGCCCACCCAACCCCGUAUCCUACACCGGUGUCAUCGCGGACAGCAUCACCGCCAAGAUGCCUAAAUUCUUCUGCGACUACUGCGAUGUCUACUUGACGCACGACUCGAUGAGCGUGCGCAAGGCUCACAACAGCGGCCGAAACCACCUGCGCAACGUCGUCGACUACUACCAACAGAUCGGCCACGAGAAGGCUCAGUCCGUCAUCGACUCCAUCACCUCCUCCUACGCCGCCGAGGGCCAGGCCCACGCCAAUCCCAUGCUCCCCCAGAACCAGCCCGGCGCCCACGGCCAUCCAGGCGGCUUCCCGCCCCCGCCCCUCCCCUUCAGCUUCCCCGCCGGAAUGCCUCCUCCGCCUUUCCCAGGCAUGCCGGGAUUGCCACCACCACCCUUCCCCCCGGGGCCUAAUGGUCUCCCUAUACCGCCCCCGGGCGCCGGCCUGCCGUUUCCUCCGCCAGGAGGCCUGCCGUUCCCACCUCCUGGUGCCGCUGCUGGCGCCGGCGCUCCGCCCUUCCCAUUCCCUGGAAUGCCGCCACCAGGACAAGUCUUCCCCGGCGGGCCGAUCCCCCCGGUGGCCCCUGGUGGCUUCCCCCCUCCACUUGGUGGACCGCCCGGUGCCCCCGGAGCCCCUGGGCGGUAGAACUGCGAGAGAGAGGACAAACCGUUACGAUGGUAUUGGCAAGAGCCGGGAAAGUCGCCUAGAAGAUGACCGCCCCGACAGGGGGACAACCGCAAGGGCAAUUAGAGGCGCCCCUCAAAGAAGGGAGAGUGGGGAGGGGGGGACAUAGGACGGUUUAGGACGCGUAUUCCCGCUCGAGGGCGACACCUCUGGCCCGACCGGCAACGAACUCCACGUUUAGCGAAAGGCCUACCGUCUCGAGCGUACGUGACGAUGCGCGGAUAGGAAGAGAGAAGCUAAUUCGAGACACUCUCGUUGCGGCUC